CGAAGCACAUAAUUCAGGGGCUGCGCAGGGAGGGCAUUUUAGCAACAGACAAGUUUGAGUUUUACAAAAAGAGAAUAGUUUUUUUGAGCAUUGCUCAGAGGGAAAAAACUCACAGAUAUUUACAUUACUCUAUGUGUAAUAGGUGGAUGUAUACAUUAGUUUAGUGUUCUGAAGUUUUCGACUGGAUUUUACUUGAUAAUGGAUUCAAAAUGGGUUACCCAUGGUGGUUCUGAAAAGAAGCAGGAUCCAGACUUAACUAAGGACUCACCACUAAAUUUUGAGUUAGAUGAUGACUCUGACACACAAUCAAUCAAUACAAUCAAUAUGGGUGCACCUGAUGAUAAGAAUAUAUCUGGUGCAGCAGGGAUGGAGCAGUGGCGCAUCAUGUUGCUGGGUAGGCGAGGGGUUGGGAAGAGUUCCACAGGAAACACCAUUCUUCAGCAGCUGGCAUUCUCUGUAAGCAUGUCACUUGGCAGAACCACAGAGUUUUGUGAUCGAAAAACCGGAACAGUGGAUGGAAGACCUGUGGCUGUGAUUGACACCCCUGGGCUUAAAAAUUCCAGUGGUGAGGAGAAGAAAAAGAUUCGUGAGAUUCUAAAAAACAUAUCUCUCUACAAGCCUGGACCACAUGUCUUCUUGGUCGUGUUGCCAAUUGGGAAUCUAACACAAGAUGACAUCCGUGUUCACAAAAUCAUUGAGGGCAUGUUUGGUAAGAAGGUCUGGAGAUAUGUAGUCCUCGUCUUCACCCGUGGAGAGUCCCUGGAUGGGAAUGCACAAAAUGAUGUCAUCAGCAGAGCCGACAAAGAGCUCCGGGAGCUGAUCCGCAAAUGCACCGGAGGGUUUGUGGUUUUCAACAACAAGGACAUGGCCAACCGGGCACAGGUGACCUUGCUCAUGGAGAGGAUUGACACCAUGUUGGCAGUGAAUGGCAAUAGGCCGUACCCGCUGGAGUUUUAUCCUCGGUCUGAGAGGAAGAUCAGAGAGAGGCAGGAGAGGCACAUGGAGGAGGUGGCCGAGGGCAUUGCUGAGAGGGAGAAGGAGGUGCAGUCAGUCUACAGCGGUGCAGAGCUGGAGGAGAAGAUGGUGGAGGUGUGGAGGACCAUCGACGAGGAACUGAGGACUCAGGCAGAGAAUCCACCCAGGUUCAAGAAAUCUUGAUGUUUCAGAUCAGUUACAGUUGCAGUACUUUAGGGACAUGUUCAUCCCUCAUUUCUCUUUGGGAUCAAUGAGGUAACUUUAUAUAGGGCCUACAGUAUGAAUUUGUUGACAGAAUGCGAAAUACAUUGGGGAGGAGAUAUGCAUUGGCACUAAAAGGCACGGCCAUAGGGCAAAUAGUUGAGGAAAUCUAAGUGUAAACUGUUACUGACUAAAUGUUUUGUAGCAUUUGUAUUUAAACACCUUGGAAACAGGUAAUAGUGACAUUACACUAAUUUUGUGUUCACGUAUUUAUGCUCAUCUAAUUAACAGGCCAAUUCAUUGCUACCUUUCAGUAGCCUAUAGAGUUUCCAUGCCUGACAUUAUUGUCAGUCCCUUCUUCUAAACUGGCUAUAGCUAUCGCAUAAAAUAAAGAA